UUCCCUUAGAUCGCUCCCACUUACUCACAUUUUGCAGUUAAGCAGGUAGGUACUGCUCUUAACAAACACAAAACAGAAACAAAAAAAAAAAAAAAAAAAACAAAAUCAAAAGCAAACUGGUGACGAAAACGAAACAAAACAAUGACCGAUAAAGAGAACGACAGCAAAGGUGAUGCGGAGGUUGUUGCGGAGGAAGAGGUGGAGGUCGGCGGCGCUGGAGAUGGUGGUGGAGGUGGUGCUGGAAGUGAAGGUGGAAAGACGAGUCGUAAUGGGGGAGGUAGUAGAGUGAAGGGGCCGUGGUCGCCUGAGGAGGACGCGGUGUUGAGUCGACUGGUGAGUCAGUUCGGGGCGAGGAAUUGGGGGAUGAUCGCGCGAGGAAUUCCCGGUCGGUCUGGAAAAUCGUGCCGACUUCGUUGGUGCAAUCAGCUUGAUCCUUGUCUUAAGCGCAAGCCUUUCACUGAAGAAGAGGACCAUAUUAUAAUUCAAGCCCAUUCAGUCCACGGAAACAAAUGGGCAGCAAUUGCAAGGCUACUGCCUGGUAGGACAGACAAUGCAAUCAAGAACCACUGGAAUUCUACCCUAAGACGCAGAUAUGCAGAGAUUGGAAGAUUUAAACCGGUGCCUGGUGACAUGAUGGAAGAAGGGAGUCAUGACAGAACAAAGGCAUCCUCAGAAGAAACCCUGUCUGUUGGAGAUGUUAAUUCAUUCAGGCUUCCAGAAGGAAGGGAAGUCAUGAUGAAUGAUAGUCCCAACCAGCAUGAAGACGUAGCUCAAACAAAGGAGUGUCGGUUUCCUGCUGGACCAACCCAUCAUCCUACCUUUUCAUGUCCAGUUGAUGAUAUCAACCCAUUCAAUCCCCGAGAAGGAGCAGACAUCACAAUGAUGAAUGAUGGACCAAAUAUGCAUGAAGGGAUAGCUCAAACAAAGGAAAUCGAAUGUGUUUAUGGACCAAAACAGCAUCCUGCACUUCCCCGUCCAGUUCCUCGUAUUAGUGCUUUUAGUUUUUAUAACCCACCAAGUGGCCCACCAGCCAGCUCUGAGAUUCCAUGGACAAUCCCAACUCAGGGACCUUUAGUUCAAGUACCCAAACCUGACUUUGGUUACAAGUUCCUAGAAGAUGUUCAUAGUGAACCUGUUAUCCCAUCACAAUGUGGGCAUGGCUGCUGCGUUUCUCCAUUGGGCCACCAUUUGCAUGGCUCACUACUGGGACCUGAGUUUGUGGAUUAUGAGGAGCCUCCUGCUUUCCCAAGUCACGAAUUGAUCUCUAUAGCUACAGAUUUGAACAACAUUGCAUGGAUUAAGAGUGGCCUCGAAAGUAGCAGCGUUGGAGUACCAGGCAAUACUGCAGCAAGCCACAAAAUAAGCCAACGGACUACCACUGGCUCACAAAUGGGAAUAACAAAGCAAUGUGUAAGAAAAGAUAUGCGCUUUGAUGAGGGACGAAACAAGCUGAUGGGCAUGAUGACAGAUGUCCUGUCUGUCCAGAUGCCAACACAAACAUAUCCAAUGCCACCUGAAGUUGAAGGUUUGAGCUGAAACUCAUCAUGGUAAGUUACUUAUCUUAAAAUGCACAGAAUAUAAUGAAGUUCUUGAAUCGAGUUUAGUUUCUUCUUGAUUAUGGAAAGGUGGAAACUGGAAAGUUGAUUUUGUCAAGAGGCUCCUUAUCCAAGCGUAGAGAUCAUGAAAUCUCAUUCAGUGUACAAAUAUAACUAUAUUUUUUGAAAAUAUAUUGGGACCUCUACAAGCCACAAAGCAUAUCUUGAGAUAAACUUAAGUAA